CCUCCCGCCUCUCCCAUAAGCCCCCGCGCGGGGCCCGCCCACUCCCUCUUCCGGCGGGGCCUAGCGGCGGACGGCGCCAUCCAGCUGCCGACGCCAUGCCUGCCCUCAGACCGCUCGUGAAACCUAAAAUCGUCAAGAAGAGGACCAAGAAGUUCAUCCGCCAUCAGUCUGAUCGCUAUGUCAAGAUCAAGCGCAACUGGCGUAAACCGAGGGGUAUCGAUAACAGAGUCCGCCGGCGGUUCAAGGGUCAGAUCCUGAUGCCCAAUAUUGGUUAUGGCAGCAACAAGAAGACAAAGCACAUGCUGCCCACGGGGUUCAGAAAGUUCCUGGUCCACAACGUCAAAGAGCUGGAGGUGCUCAUGAUGAGCAACAAGUCCUACUGUGCGGAGAUCGCGCACAACGUGUCUUCUAAGAACCGUAAGGUCAUCGUGGAGAGAGCUGCUCAGCUCGCCAUCAAGAUCACCAAUCCCAACGCCAGACUGCGCAGCGAGGAGAAUGAAUAAACUGGCUGCUACAUCAGAGAUGUAUUUAAUAAAGUGUAAAAACAAA